AUGCCCACGUACCUCCUCCUCCUCUUCUUCCUCGCCUUGUGGCCACCGGAGGCGAGCGUUCACGCCGCCUCCGCCACAGUGAGCCCGUUGUAUACACUCUGCAACCAGACCACCGGCACGUACGCGACAAACAGCACUUACGGCUCCAACCUUCGAGCUCUCGGAGCGACCCUCACCGCGGGCGCCGGCACGUCGGGCUUCGCCAAGGGCAGCUCCGGCGAGGCGCCCGACAAGGUGUAUGGCGAAGUGCUCUGCCGCGGCGACUACACCGGCGCCAACUGCACCGACGGCCUCAGGGCCGCCUUCCAGGACGUGGCCGACCGCGUCUCCUGCCGGCGCGCCGUCGUCUACUACGACCAGUACAUGCUCCGCUUCACCGACGACGAGCGGUCCCUCUCGAGCCUCAGCAACGAGCCCGAAUGGUCCGCGAGCAAUAUGAACUCGGUCAGGGGCGCAGAGGCCGCACCGCGGCUGAUGGAGACGGUGGUGAAGCUGAUGAACGACCUGGCCGACCUUGGCACCUCCGGCGGCCCCAGGCUGACUAGCCGGUCCCGGUAUGCGACCGGCGAGGCGGGGUUCGGCGAGCAGGGCGUGAGCACCGUGUACGGGCUCGUGCAGUGCAGGCUGGACCUUGCCGGGCCACAGUGCAGGAGCUGCCUUGAAGGCAUCAUCAAGCAGAUGCCAAAGCUGUUCGGCGAUGCAUCUUCAAGCCGCGUCGGUGGGAGGAUUAUUGGAAUUCGGUGUAAUUUGCGGUACGAGAAGGAGCUCUUCUUUGAGGAGACAAACGACACUCUCAAGAUCGACAUGCCCAAAAAUGGAGUGAGCCCGGUGCUUAAGAUUGUCAUAUUUGGAGUUCCUCUUCUAGUUUUGCUCAUCCUCGGCUUGCUCCUAAGGCCAUACAUCGUCAAGAAAGUCAGAGAAUUGUUAUUGGAGAGGGAUCUAGUCAUCCUGGAAGAGGAAAUUGUUAGUGAAAGCGACUCGAGGUUUUCACUAUUUAGAUAUUCAAAGAUAAGAAGUGCUACUGAUAACUUCUCGAAGGAAAAUAAACUUGGAGAAGGUGGAUUUGGUCAUGUUUACAAGGGUCGGUUGCCUGACGAUCAAGACAUAGCGGUUAAACGACUUUCUCCAAAUUCAGUUCAAGGAUUCCGUGAGUUCAUGAAUGAAAUCAAACUCAUAGCCAGCCUCCAGCACAAGAAUCUCGUCAAACUUCUUGGAUGCUGCAUCAAAGGCAAAGAGAGGAUACUUGUAUAUGAAUUUUUGCCAAAUGGUAGCUUGGAAGAGUUCAUUUUUGGGUCAGGAGCAAAGCGGAGCUGGCCUGUACGUCGCCACAUAAUUGAAGGAAUAGCAGAAGGCCUUCUCUACAUGCAUGACUACGCACAUGAGUGCAUAGUCCACAGAGACUUGAAACCAAGUAACAUCCUAUUAGAUCAUGAAAUGAAUCCAAAAAUUUCCGACUUUGGGAUCGCAAGGAUAUGCCUCUCCAACAUGACAGAAUCAAAUACAACGACAGCUAUGGGAACAUUUGGAUACAUCGCGCCGGAAUACUGCUCCCAGAGUGUCUACUCAACAAGGUCAGAUGUUUUCAGCUUCGGCAUCCUAGUUCUCGAGAUCAUAAGUGGGAAGAGGGCCGUCGGUUCCUACCAAUUAUCCGGAAGAUCAUACGAGCUCAGGAAAUAUGCAUGGCAAUUGUGGAGAGAGCAGAGGUGCGACGAGCUGGUGGAUGAUUCGCUGGGCGAGGAGUACCCAGAGAUGGACACUAUGAGGUGCAUCCAGGUCGCCCUCUUAUGCGUCCAGGAUGUCGCGGAGGACAGGCCUACCAUGCGCGAUGUCACGACGAUGCUGAGCAACGGAAACAAGAGGCUGCUCCUGCCUGCGCAGCCCGGUUUUUGCAGCAUACACAUCAACACUACCGAUAAUGAAAUAGGGCUGUGA